UGGUCAACAACAGAUUUGGCUGGCCUGUUUAUCCGAGCGGCGCCCGCUGGAUCCGAUCAGCUACUGGGCCAUAGUCUGCCUGCCCUUGAUGCCUUAGCCAGCUCGCCCAUACAAGUUCGCAUCGGGUCCGCGCCGGGGUUCCGAAAUCCUGGCACCCUGGUUGGCACAACAAACGCCUUCCUGUUGGAUGUCCUGCGUCUUCCGCUACUGGACCAAGUGGCCUCCCUCAGCGUCGGCCUCUUUGAGGUUCCUAGUCAGGCUGGAAUGAUUCCCGGAUUUGCCGUCCCCUGCGCCCCCCUGGACGCUGUUCUGAAGGCUUUUCGACAACUGGCGCAGGCCUGGUUCGCUGCUCCAACCCGGUCUACUAGCCUAAAGCCUUCUGGCUUCCUGAAGACUGUGCCUCCAGGCAGGGUUGAGGCCUACUUUGUAGGUUUUAUUUGCUCCUAA